CACAGAGGAGCAGUGAUUCACCGCUCAGUCACACCGGAGCGACAGGUCCUGAACUCAGCUCAGUCAAAUCUCAAACACAGAAACGCACAAACAAGUUUUCACCACACGACGAAACCCACUCCUUCACCUGAUCAGAGGAGAAGAACCAAGGGAAUAAAAAAGAAACAGGCUGGAUCAGGCUUUAUCCAACCACAUGGACUCGGGAAUUAUUUCGGAUGUGAAAAGGACGCAUUAUUAGGAUUAUUUCUAGGAUGGUAAAUCUGUUUUAAAAUUUGCCCGGUUUGGAUAUUUGGGUAUUUGGAUGAGGAUGACCGCCCCCAUGAGGAAGGUGCAGGUGCUCUGGUGCGUCCUAGUGCUGCCGUGUGCGCUCCAUCUCUGCAGCGCUCAGACUCAAGCAGUAUGUCAAGGUACCCAGAAUGCCCUGAGUACAACAGGGAAUUCAGAGAUCCAGUACAACAUGAUGAAGGACAUGUACACGGGAUGCGAGAUCGUCAUGGGCAACCUGGAGAUCACCAUGAUGGAGCACAACAGAGACUUCUCCUUCCUGCAGUCCAUCAGGGAGGUGACAGGCUACAUCCUGUUUGCUGUAAAUGAGUUCAGUCGUCUGCCUCUGGACCACCUGCGUGUCAUCAGAGGCACCAUGCUGUACGAGGACCAGUACGCUUUGGCCGUCAUGAUCAACUACCAGAAGGACGGGCAGCAUGGCCUUCAGGAACUGGGCCUGACGCGCCUUACAGAGAUAUUGGAGGGAGGGGUCAAGAUCAUCCAGAAUAAGUACCUGAGCUACGCCCCGCAGGUGAACUGGCUCGAUAUAGUGAGGGAUGGAUCAGCUGACAUCCUGAUCCAGGACAAUGGGCCUGAAAACGCCUGUGAUGAAGCAUGCGGUGACGUUCCUUGUUGGGGUCCAGGAAAAGACAAGUGCCAGAGAUUGACAAAGACUGUGUGCGCCCCUCAGUGCAACGGUCGAUGCUUUGGUGAAAACCCCAGUGAGUGCUGUCACAUCGAGUGCGCCGGCGGCUGCUCUGGACCUCUGGAUACUGACUGCUUUGCUUGCAGGAACUUCAACAACUCCGGGCCUUGUGUGCGUCAGUGUCCGCAGGCCCUUUUAUACAACAAGAAUACAUUCAAAAUGGAGCCCAACCCAAACGCCAAGUACCAGUACGGCUCCAUCUGUGUGGCCCAGUGUCCCCUGAACUUCGUGGUAGAUGGCAGCUCAUGUGUGAUCAAUUGUCCCCCAAAUACAAUGGAAGUGGAGAAAAACGGAGUGAAAAGGUGUGAGCCCUGUGGAGGCCUCUGUCCGAAAGCUUGUCACGGCACAGGAACUCAAACCCGACAAACAGUGGAUGCUUUCAACAUCGACAGUUUCAUAAACUGCACUAAGAUCCAGGGCAGUCUGCACUUCCUGGUCACAGGAAUCAAAGGGGAUGAUUAUAACAGUGUUCCACCUCUUGAUCCAGAGAAGUUGAAAAUCUUUAACACUGUACGGGAAAUUACAGAUAUCCUCAGUAUCCAGUCGUGGCCUGAAAGCAUGUCUGACCUGUCAGUUUUCUCCAACCUCCAAACCAUCCAAGGCAGAAGUCUUUACAGAGGAGUGAGCUCUAAAAGGACCUACUCUCUGAUGGUGGUGAAGAUCCCCUCUCUGACGUCCCUGGGGUUACGAUCUCUUCGAAGAAUAAAUGAUGGCAAUGUCUAUAUCACGGGGAAUAAAAAGCUCUGUUAUCACGACACGAUCAACUGGACACGGAUCUUCAGCGGCAGCUCCCGUCCACAGAGACGCCAGAAGCAGACGGACAUCAAGGACAACUGCCCUCGGAGUCAGUGUGUUGCUGAGGGUCAUGUGUGCGACCCCCUGUGUGCUGACGGAUGCUGGGGUCCGGGUCCGAGCCAAUGUCUGUCCUGUAGGAAAUACAGCCGAGGAGGAACUUGCGUGCCAGAAUGCAUGUUCUUAACUGGGGAGAGGCGAGAGUUCGCUACUUCAUCAGGAGAGUGUUUGCCCUGUCACCCUGAGUGUAAGGUCCAAGAGGGAAAGGAGACCUGCACUGGACCGGGAGCAGAUCAGUGUGUGGCCUGUGCUAACCUGCAGGACGGUCCGCACUGUGUGCCCUCGUGUCCAGAGGGGGUGAUGGCAGGGGAGGGGGUCAUCUUUAAAUACCCCAACAAACAAGGCCGCUGCGAACCGUGUCACAGCAACUGUACCCAAGGAUGUUUUGGUCCAAGCAUUGGCGACUGUGUGGGGUCGUCUCGGAACACACAGAGCCAAACUACAACGGCCAUUGUGCUGGGAGUCAUCGCCCUGGUGUUUGUUGGAUUCUCUAUCUUCGUGCUGACUGUGCUUUACCGCAGAGGUCUCGCCAUCCGUCGCAAACGAGCCAUGAGGAGAUACAUGGAGAAUGGAGAGAGAUUUGAGCCACUAGAUCCUGGAGAGAAAGGAUCCAAAGUCUGUGCUCGUUUCUUGAAGCCCACAGAGCUGCGUAAAAUCAAGCUGCUGGGAAAUGGAGUAUUUGGAACAGUUCACAAGGGUAUUUGGAUUCCCGAGGGCGACACAGUGAAGCUUCCUGUGGCCAUAAAGACAAUUCAUGAUCGAACUGGACGACAGACUUUCUAUGAGGAAACAGACCAUAUGAGGGCGAUGGGAAGCUUGGACCACAUGAAUGUAGUUCGGAUCCUGGGUAUCUGUACUGGUGUGAACCUGCAGCUUGUCACCCAGCUCAGCACUCAAGGUUCCCUGUUGGAACACGUCAGGAACCACAAGAACAAACUCAACCCUCAGAGGCUCCUUAACUGGUGUGUCCAAAUAGCAAAGGGUAUGUACUACCUGGAGGAGAACAGGAUGGUCCACAGGAACCUGGCAGCCAGGAAUGUACUGCUGAGGAACAAUUAUACAGCACAGAUAUCAGACUACGGCAUCGCAGACCUGCUUUACCCUGAUGAUAAGAAAUAUUUUUACAACGAAGUCAAGACACCGAUCAAAUGGAUGGCCUUAGAGAGCAUCUUAUUUCGUAGAUACACACAUCAGAGUGACGUCUGGAGUUACGGUGUGACGAUAUGGGAGAUGAUGUCUUAUGGGGCAGAACCAUAUGAUAAAAUGCGUCCACAGGAUGUUCCUGAUUUGCUGGAAAAGGGCGAACGUCUGUCCCAACCUCAGAUCUGCACCAUUGACGUAUAUAUGGUCAUGGUCAAGUGUUGGAUGGUUGAUGAGAAUAUUCGUCCAGCAUUUAAGGAACUGGCCAAUGAAUUCACCAGAAUGGCCAGAGACCCACCUCGCUACCUGGUGAUCAAAGAGGACUGCAGCCAACAGGACGCGGCACCAGAUGAAGUGAACCAGCGCAGUGCAGACCUGGAUGACCUGGACGAUGUGGACUUUGGCUUAGAUGACCCAGAGGAGGAAGUGUUGGCUGACAGCUUAUCUCUCUCAGUCCCCCCUUACCUGUCUCAGUCCAGGAGCCUCAGUCGCCACUCGAGGCUGGACACACACAGAGUGCAUCUGACUCCACCAAAUGAGGCUGGAUACCUGCCCAUGACCCCCGGUGUCGAUAACCUGGGACAGGGUAUGUGGCAGUCUCGCUCUCGACUUAACUCAGCCCGGACCAUGUCUGAGAGCUCAGAGGGAUUUGGCACCGCAGUGGAGCUGGAGAUCAGUGAGGACAUCUCUCUGACAGGGAGCCUGAAAAAAAGACGCCACCGUGAGGACAGCGCUUACAUGUCACAAAGGGACAGCCUGUCAGGUGGACCGCCGGAGACGCCAUCCCCAGAGAUGCAGGAAGAAGACCAGAAUGGAUAUGUGCUACCUGGAGACGGUCCAGAGAGAGAUACUCUGCUCUCCUCAUCUCGAGCUACUUCCAACAGGAUGGGGAAGACUCAUUCGACGAUACUGCUGGACGACCCAGAUGAAGAUGAAUACGAGUACAUGAACAAACAGAAACAUGUGACGCCUACUAUUUCCAGGCAGAACAGCCAUCUCAAAGAUACCAGCCCCUGGCUGAAGAUGAACAGGAAACGAACCACCUCUGUGUCGUCACAAGUGACGGCCAGUUCAGGCGACGUCACACCGUUGGUAGAGGUCAGGGGGGUUCACCCACAGCAGGAGAUGAAUGAAGUUCAGUAUGAAUACAUGGACAUCAGGGGGAGUGAAAAUGAGGAGGCCCCACCAGCGCAUGACCCUCCUCCUCUUCCUCCUCCUCUACCACCAUCAACAAGGCCUGGACGAGACCUGGAGGAUGAGGAUGAAUAUGUGGAGGACAGUAACUACCAUUACAUGAACAGACAACCAAAGCUGCGCCAAGCUCUGCAAGACCAGAAGGACCUGAAGAUGCAGGGACAGGACGAGGACGAAGCUUAUGAGUAUGAGGACAUGGACUCCUUUGCUGCGGUGCGGCCUGGAGAUGCUGUGGUUUAUCAAAACUUGCAAAGAGGAGGAGAAUCUGCAUAUCAGUCUGGAUUUGAGCCCUAUGUAAAAGUACGAGCAGGAGUUGGAGUUGGGGAACCGGCAGCUGGUGACAGAUCAUUUGACAAUCCAGACUAUUGGCACAGCAGGAUGUACCUGAAGCCCAAAGCAGUGCCCACAUGAAGAGCAUCUAAAGCUCAUGAAGCUCCCUAUCAAAUAAAUGUAUUCAUGAAGGACCUGGAAUAGGAAAUGCAAUCAAAUGUCGCACUGAUAAUGUAGCCUGUGACAUGAGAUGAAAGACUCAACAUGUACGGUUUUAUUGUCUGUUACAGACUGACAAUAUGUUUUGUAUUUAGGUGUAUGAUUUUGGGCAUUUCCAUAAUAAAUAGCACUGAGUGUUAACACUAACAGAAAUGAACAGAUCACAAGCUAUUUUUUUUCUGUUUACACUUUGAAAUGAACAAACCUGUUUAUGAACAAAUGUAUUUGUUUGGAGUUUGGAAAUUUAUGUUUUAAGACCUCUUUUCAUGACAAUAUAUAAUACAUUUUCUAUUCAAUAAAAAUAUUUUCAACAACUA